AUGAUUAUUAUAUUUGCAUUACUCUAAAUUGCUUAUUCCUUAUAUAAUUUAGAGGUGAAAGAGGAUGGUCUAUUGAUUGAAAUAGCCUAGUCACUAAAGGCAUAUAUAUCCUUUUAAGGCAAAUUUUCACAGAUUUCAGAUGAAAAUGAUUAUUUAUAUUGCCCAUAUGCUACUUAAGGUUGUCUGAUUGGUAUAAAUAAUUAAAUAAAUUAAUACUAAUUAAAAAUUAGCGAAUUUGAUAUUUAUGAUCAAGAAAAGCAUUCAUAUAAUACAGAAAUUUUUUCCUUUAUCCAUUUUUUUAUGGAAUAUUAAGAUAAUGAAGAUAUCUAAAAUUUUAUAGCAUUAAAUCCUUUUUCACCAAUUUACAACUCUUUUGUAUAUUUUGGGUAUACAUUAUGCAUUUCUCAUGAUGAUGGUUAUCUUAAAACUAAUCAGAAUGAAGCAAUCUUUAAUCAUCAAAAUAAAAUGAAUGGAAUCAAGAGCAAUAUAAAGGAAAUUGAUUAAAUAAGCGAUUUUUAUUCAAUUAGAAUUGAUUAUUUGGAAGUUGAACAAUAAAUUUUUAAUAUCUCAAAUUAUUCUAUCGUCUUAAAUGAUCAAAUAGAUUAUUGUAGUAUUCCUAUAGAACUUAUGAUGAAAAUAUUUAAAUCAUUAUCGCAUGACUUUAUUUAAGGUUCCUAUAUCCCUGAGUACGAAGUAUAUAUCAGAGAAACAAAUUAAUAAAGAAUUGAAAAUUUAAAUUUAAUCAAAUUUUAUAAUGUUAAGCACCAGCCCUUGGUCAUUUUGCCUGAGGAUUACCUCUAUUAUAAUUUUGAAAAUAGAGGGUUAGAUGUUUUGAAGCUUUUUGGUUCUAACUUUUUGUCUGAAAUUGUUUUAGGUCAUAGUUUUCUGAAAAAUAAGAUUAUUCAUUAUUAAUCCGAAACUAAAGAAAUUUUUAUAGAAUAAUUAUAGGGAGAGAGAUGCAAGCCUAAUCAAAUCAAGAAAGAAACAAUCUUUGAAUAUCUAAUGUUUAAGAUUAUCUUCAUAAUAAUUAUAUUGAUAAUUAUUUAUGCAAUAUUUAGAAAGAUACGAGCUCAACACUUAUUGAAAAAGAAUAAAAAUGUUGAAUAAUAGCAAUUGAUUUCUAAUAAUGAAGUAGAAGUUCUGAAAUGA